GCGGCCCUCGGCCUCCUCGAUCUCACUCCGGCGGGCUUGGUGCUCAUCUUCUGCUUUGUGCCCUCCAUCAGCGCCUCCAUCUUCCGCUCCUGGUCGUGCCAGGCCUACACCGUCUCUCCGCCAAACGAGCCCCUGCGGCAGGUCUCCUACAUGCGGCAGGACGCGAGCGUCGAGUGCGGCACCGACGAUCACGGACCCAUCACCGACCUCGCCAUCGGUCUCAUCGUCCUGUGGCCCGUCGGCUCGCUGGUCCUCUUCACGUCGCUCCUCGCCGCUUGCUACAAGUCGCUGCAGGACAAGACGCCGAAUGCUCUUACGCGGGCCACCGCCUUCCUCCACCGGGAGUACGAAAAGACCUGGUACUGGUGGGAGGCGAUCGAGCUGGCGCGCAAGCUCGUGCUCACGGGCUUCGUGCUGCUGAUCCCGGAGAAGAACGCCUUCCUUCGCCUCGUGGUGGCGACCCUCAUCUGCUCGUGCUACGCCGUCGCGCUCGCCGUCGUGCGCCCCUACAAGCGGGUCGGCGAUGAUGUGCUAGCCGUUGCCACCAGUCUCGUGCUCCUCCUGCUCUUCCUUGGCACCAACUGGACCACCAUCUUCCUCGGCAUCGAGGAGCGGUACCAGGGAGUAGAUCCCGCCGAUGUCCUCGGCUUCGGCAAUCUCAAUGUAAUCGUGGACACGAUGAUCGGCCUCGUCGCAGUCGUGCUCGUGUUCUUCUCAAUCGGCGCCGUCGUCGCUGCCCGCCGCGUCGCCAAGAUCCCCACGAUCCGCCUCGUCUCGACCAAGCAGCCCCCCGAGCUGAGCGUCGGGAUGGGCCUCACGUGGCACCUCUUCAACAGCCACAUCUGGUCGACCGGUCAGGACGCCGUCGCCGUCAUCAAGAAUGAGCUCCAGCAGCUCCUGCCGGGCAUCAAGAUCUUUCUCGACGUAGAUGAUCUCGAAGACAUCGGGGCGCUCGAGGAGUACAUCCAGCGCUCGCAAGUCAUCCUCUUCUUCCUCUCGAGGGGCUACUUCCGCUCCAAGGCGCGUCUCUCCCUCCCACCCCGCCUCCGCCGUACUCUGGCCUCACCUCCCGCGCCUCCCGCGCCUCAGAACUGCCUCCGAGAGAUCCGCUCGUCGCUCGAGAAGGACAAGCCGCUGGUCCUCGUCCAAGAAGCGGACCCUGACAAGGGCGGCGGGACGCUCCAGGCGCUGCGCGCAGAGUGCCCCGAGGACCUGCAGCCCGACAUCUUUGACAAGGACUGGCCGCUCACGAUCUGGUAUCGCAUUGCAGAAUUUCAGCUCAUCUCGCUCAAGAUCAUCGCCGAGGCGCCGUGGGCCACAGCCAGCCGCUUCGCAGCGGUGCUCCUCUGCUCGCCCAACUUUAGUGACAAGACCUCCCUCCCGCUCCACGUGUCGGGCGAGCCGGAGAGCCAGUCGCUCGUUUUUGCCAAACGGUGUACGCUCUGGGCCUCGCCGGCCAACGCGGGCGCACUGGAGCUGGCCAACGAGAUCGCCGACGCCUUUAACGGCCUCACGAUCUCCACCACCGAUGCUCGGCCGGCCAACGCGACGCACAUGCUUCUCUACCUCAACGAGGACAGCUUCGUCACCGAUGAGCGGCUGGCCGAGCAGGUCAAGCAGGCGCGCGAGGACAGGCUGAAGAUCGUCAUGGCGCACGAGAACGCCCUGGACCUCGGCGGCUGCCCCUUCUCCAACAUCGCCGAAGCGGGGGACCUCAUUUCCGGUGGCAUUGGCGGGGGCAGCACCAGCCUCGCGAGGCGCAGCUUUGGCGGCCUCAGCCGGGUGUUCGCCAUGAGCAGCCGCAGCUCUGCGGAGACUCGUGAGCCUGCGGCGCGCGACGGCUCUGGAGGCGAGGCAAAGGCGCACGCCCACCUCUGCCUCGACCAACCCGCCCUCGCCCAGUGGGGCAUGGGUGCGGACGAGCUUUGGUUCCCGUGCCGCAUCCUCAGCCUGCGGCACGACGGGACCGUUGACGUUAAGUACGACGACGGCAACAUUGAGCGAUCGAAGCUUGCCAGCCGAGUCGUCAAUUGCACGCCGGCCGAGGCGGCGCAGCGCGCGAUUGACGGCUGCGAUGCGUCGUCAUCGGUGUCGGUGUCGGUGCCGGGCGAGGCGUCGUCGUCGACAUCGGUGAUGGUGAAGCAUCAGGUCUGA